AUGCUGUGUCUGAUUAUGAUGCUAUUCUUGCUGCCAUGUAUUCUUCCGCCUGACCCGGGCAUUGAGGCUGCUGCUCUAGGUGCUGGUGAGGCUGCUGCUCUAGGUGCUAGUGCGUCUGCUGCCCCAGGUGCUGGUGAGUCUGCUCUUCCAGGUACCACGUCGGCUCAGGCCUUACACACCUUCACCCUUGACUCUGGUGCUUCCCGCUCCUUCUUUCGAGACCGCACCACGCUUACGCCGCUCAGUCAGCCAGUUGCGGUCUCCGUGGCGGACCCCUCUGGGGGUCCUGUGUUUGCUAGCUUCUCCACUGUCUUACCGUGCCUGGCAGCCCCCUCUGGCACCCUGUCAGGUCUCUACCUCCCCUCGUUCUCUACGAACUUGGUGAGUGGAGCUGAUCUACAGGAUAGGGGGGUUGACCAGUUCACUCCUGCGAGUCAGCGGGUGACCCACUGCACGUGUGCUCGGACGCGCCGACACUUGGCCACGUUUACCCGUCGGCCGGGGUCGAGCCUACUCUCCUUUGGCACCACCGCCUUGGUCACCCCUCCCUGCCUCGUCUCCAAGGCAUGGCCUCACGUGUCCUUGUCUCUGGUCUUCCCCGGUCCCUACCUCCCCUACCUCCGGGGCCUGCCCCUACCUGCGUCCCCUGCAUUGAGGGGCGACAGCGCGCCGCCCCUCACUCCUCCGAGUUUCCUCCGAUAG